AUGGGGAUCAUUUCCACGGCCAUCGCCCUCGGGUAUCUGUUGGCACCGGUCCUGGGAGGGGUUAUUUAUACCCGCAUUGGGUAUUAUGCCACAUUCGGAAUCACGUUCGGAGUCUUGGCCCCUGAUUUCUUGCUGCGGCUGGUCGUCAUUGAGAAGACGGUGGAGGCACAUCCUCCUCCCACGGCGGUGCCCCUCGAGGGCCCAAACGGGGUCCUCUGGAAACUUCUACGGACGCCACUUGCGUACGCCAUCGUCUGCGCCGUAUUUCUUAACACGACGUCCUUGACAAUACUCGACAAUACUUUGGCCAUCUUCGUGCAAGAAGUCUUUCAUUGGGAUGCAUUGGGGGCGGGCUUAGCUUUUUUCCCGCCACUGGCACCUGGUCUUCUGGGAGGAUAUUUUAUCGGGUGGGCCGUGGAUAGAUACGGCACUCGCUGGCCAGCGGUGGUAGGUUUCGUGAUCUGUGUGCCCAGUUGGAUUCUCCUUCGGGUGGUGACACACGACACCAUGGGCCAGAAGGUACUCUUCGCUGUGCUGCUCUUUGGCGUCGGGACAGGAUCCGAGAUAGUUACCGUCUCGACCAUGACGGAGUGCCGGUCCUUGUGUCCCACUUCCCUAGCCAUGGGCUUCGCCGUCUUUAACAUUCCUCUGGCGGCGAGCAUCAUAUUCAGCGUUGUAUCGAGCACCCUUCAACAAUCCGGAGGUUGGUCGUUAACGACGUUGAUUCCUGGAUUAUUCAGCGCCGCUGGUAUAUUAUGUGCCGUUUGGUUUCGAGUACGGGGCUCAAAAGCCUCCCCGGAGGAUGGCGGUGACGUGUAA